GAUUGUAUUUGUUUUUCAAUGGCUGGAUGAUCCUGGUGUGCCAUAAAGUCAGCAUAUAAUUAAACUAUUCUUUGUACCUGGAGGUCCAGUUUAAAAAACUUUAAUUCACAGACUUUGAAGAUUAUGUGUGAAAAAAAAUGACACUAUCAAUAGAUGUAGAAGAGCCUUUGAUAAAACUCAAUUUAUCUCUUCAGGAUGAAAAAGAACCUAAACUCAAGAUAGAAGAGACCCUUUUAGCUUGACAAAAGGCAUCUCUAACAACUCUGAGUCUGCAAUGGUGGACAAGCCGUCAGAUCCAGGCAGGGUGGGAGGCACUGUGAGCAACUGUUGUCUAUUGCAAAAAGAAAAUUGGGGUACGGGGCUCCAAGCAAAGCAAAAUCUCACACUGGUCCAUCUCCCUUCCACAGGAUGAACGAAACUCUGCUCUGGGCCGCGGGGUGGUUCGGGGCCCAGGGCCCGGGCCAGGUAGAUGGUGAGAGCAGCCCCGAGAGGAAGGAGCUGGGCACCGCCCGCUGGGUGCUGAGCGCGAUGGUCCUGUUCACCUGCGCGGGUGGCGUUGUGGGCAAUGGCCUGGUGGUCUGGCUGCUGGGCUCCCAGGGGCAGAGGAGCCCCUUUAGUGUCUAUGUCCUCCACCUGGGCGUGGCGGACCUCCUCUUCCUCCUCUGCAUGGCCUCCAAGGUCAUCCUGAAUUGCUUCCGGCUGGGUGUCACAGGCCACAUGGCCCUGGAGAUGGUGAGCAGGGGAAAGUACUUCACCUACACGGCCGGCCUGAGCCUGCUGACCGCCAUCAGCAUGCAGCGCUGCCUCUCCGUCCUCUUCCCCAUCUGGUACAAGUGUCACCGGCCCGAGCACCUGUCGGCCGUGGUGUGCGCGCUGCUCUGGGCGCUGUCCCUCCUGCUCAACACACUGGCCGCGUUCUUCUGCAGUAAAUUCUGGGGCUGGGACAAGCGGCACUGCUUCACGAUUAACUUGGUCAUCAGCAUCCUCCUCGUGGGGGUCUUCACGCCCCUGAUGGCCGGGUCCAGCCUCAUCCUCUGCGUGCGGGUGCAGAGGAGCUCCACGGAGACCCGGCGGCGGCCCACGCGGCUGUACGCGACCAUCCUGGCCUGCGUCCUGGUGUUCCUCGUCUUCGCCCUGCCCCUCGGCAUCCACUGGUUCUUCAUCUGCUGGCUGGACCUGCCCCAGUGGACGAAGAGUCUCUCCGGCCUACUUGCCCGCCUCUUCUCGGCCUUGAGCAGCAGCGCGAACCCUGUCAUCUACUUCCUGGUGGGCAGGCGGAAGAGGCGCGGUCUACGGGAGCCCCUGGGGGCCGUGCUGCGCAGGGCGCUGAGGGAGGAGCCGGAGCUGGAGGCGAGGGAGACGGCCUCCAUCACCGCCACCACCGACCCGGGGGCCGGAGAGCCCCGCACCGUGGACACCCGCCUGCGCAGCUGGGAGCCCAGAAGGCUCUUUGCAUCCCAUCCUGUGGGGGUCUCUUUCCCGCCCUCCAAGGCUCCCCACUGA